AUGUUUAAAGUGGUGAGGUUUGCACGAAAACAUGGUACACUGAGAGCAGAUAUCUCAGGUUAGUAUUACAGUAUUACUGUAAAAGAAUAGUUAUAAACUUUAACAUGCAUCUGAUCUGUACCAUAAUGGAAACCAUCAGAGGACAUCUGGCAACCUGUCUUGCUACAAUGUACAGAAUAAAGUCACCAUAAUUAUUAUGGUGACUUUAUUGCCAAUGAGCAGCCUCGCGAGGCCGCGAGGAGGCAGCUAAUAGAGCCGUGCGCGAUUGUUCCAGGGACAGAAAAAAUCUCGAAUUGAUGUAACAUAGAGUAAUGUAAGGCAACCAUGACGUAAUGCAGGACAGAGAAUGCAUUGCUUUCGAGCGAACACGUGAUACAGAUCAGAGAAUCCACGAGCCGUGUGUGUGUUUGUGAGUCCCGUGCUCAUCCCGUCUUCAACCAAUCGUCGGGUGGAUCAUUUUCAUCCUAUGCGAUAUCUGUCGCAUUGGGCGAUUCCAGAAAAUAUCCAUACCAUACCACGGACGGCUUUUAGGAUUUCCGAAGGGGAGGGGGGGUUCACGAUUAUGGAAUUCUGAGGGCAUGGGGGGUAUUUACGAUUGGAAAUCCGAAGGCAUGGGGUAACUCCACAGGUGGGAUUUCUGGAGUAGAAAGUGUAGAGUGAGUUCCUUGAAAACGCUAUUGUUGUGGACUUGUGUAGUUCGUAAAUAAACCACGAACGUAUGACCGCGGAAGCAAAAGACAAGCAUCGAUAGAUCAGACACGUGUUUACACUCAUAACUUAUAGAAGUGAACAGUAAAAUGUGGGUUUCACAUUAACCUUGAUGAAUUUCUUGUCACAUGAAAAAAAAAAUGGAAUAUGUAUCUUACUGCUUGCAAGUUUCUUGUUACUCCCAUCCGAUGAACAGUGAAAAAACUCUCACCAGUCCCUGGCUUCCAAGGAACGCCUGUCAGAUUAGAACACUUUUCGUGCACACUACAUGACCUAUAAAAGGACGCAACACGCCUCGACGGUAUAUUUGACCACCGAAAGAUUUUAACAGUCUGAAUUUGAGCUAUUUUGCUUUGUAAACGUCAAAACAGCACAAGAAAACAAAGAGGAGUAAAAUUGCCGUUAGUGGUGUUUAUUUUUAUUGCCAAAUUCGGACCUAAAAAGGAGUUUGCACAGCCUGUCUACUAGCGGUAGGUUAGAGUCUGAAAGCUUGUCGCCUGGCGCCGCUAGAUCACAGCCUUGAGGAGGCAUAAAUUCAUGUUCGUUUGUUCAUAUAGGCGUUGCAAAUGCGUUGAAAACGUACUUCCAAAAAAACGGAAAUUCUGAAGGGGAGGGGGGGUUCACGAUUAUGGAAUUCUGAGGGCAUGGGGGGGUAACGCAUUUUGGAAUUUCCGAAGGUACGGGGGGGAUAAAACAUGGAAGCCGUCCGUGGUUGGGUAUGGAUAUUUUCUGGAAUUGCCCAUUUACCCACUGGAAUUGUUUUAUUGCAUGCCACUAAGAAAAAUAAUAACGCUGCAAAAUUUUUUGCGUCUUUGAAGCAAAAUAAUUCUGAAGGCUUCAUUGGCACACCAUAAAUUUUGUUAGCUUUAAAAAGAGACCAAAAUUAAUAUAAGUCUGUACCUUGAAUAUUCGCAGACUUUUAUAUGAUUUUUUGAGGAUUUUAAGUUUACUUAUAAUACCACUAAAUUUUACGCAAAAUGACUUGUCUGCAACUUCGGACAAAAACACGAACUUCAAUAUCUCGAGAAAUUUGCUGCGUAAAGGCGGGAUUUCAAAUUCUUUAUAUAGUAGAACAGUUUAGUUCACCAUUUUCAAAAUACAAAUUAAAGCAACGGGCACACAUACACCAAACCUGUGAUCAGCCUUCCCCGCACAUUUUGUGGUAGAGCUGCAGUGUGGUUCCCAGCCAACAGCUCUCACAUGUGUUGUGUGGAACUGGCACUUACACUGUAAAGGACUCGCCUCUGCAGUAAAGGGUCUUUGUACACACGUUUUCCCGGUCACUGGCCAAUGGCCAUGCCAUGCUGUUGAGCCCCAGUAUGGGCAAAACCGCUGCGCAUGGCUGCCUGCCAGCAUGAUAUGGCUGUGCGCAUGCAUGAGGUAACGGCUAGGCCGUGGGUUGGCGUAUGUGUGCCCCUUGCUUUGAUUUACUGGUGAUUUGUGAUCCACCUUCCCCAUGCAUGUCGUGGAGGAACUGCUGUGCAGUUCCCAGCCAACAGCUCCCUCAUGUGUUGUGUAGAGCUGGCACUUGAUUGACUGCUUUUCAGCAGUAAGGGGUUUUUGAGACGCAGGUUUUCCCCUUUCUUUAACCAAAUGGCUGUGCCACGCUGGUGGGCCCCAAUAAGGGCGAAAAAGCUGUCUGUGGCUGCCACUGCCCCGGAAAUCUUUGCUUGUUGGCACUUAGCGAUAGCUAUAACUAGUAAUUAAAUAUAUAAAUCAUUGGAGAAACUGCAUGAUGAGUAAUUGAUUGCCCUGGGCUGUUUUGUUUUAAAGUUAAAGGUUUGAUGAAUGCUGAAAUAAGUAACCAGCAGACUGAACCUAUUUUCAGGGCCUUUUCUAUUAAAAUUAAACCUACCCUCCCCUAGGACAACAUUAACACUUACUUUCACUAAAGGGCAAAAUGUUGGCUUAGUGCAGGAGGGGUAGGUGAGCAGUUCUGGCCCAGAAACAUAGUGAUCCAAACUUCCUUGUGCAUUGUGUUGGAUAAUAAGUUUCUUACAUGUACACUGUAUGUAAACUGUUUCAUUUUGUCCUUUGCAUCUAACAGAUAAGAAUUGGUUCCUACAUGUACGUGGUUGGAGUUGUAUGGCACUGGAUGCAGACAGAUGUACAUGUACGUGUAUCUUAGGUUAGUGUUACAGAGAGUCUUAUCCAUCUGAGAAAGUUUGGUUAUCACGUGACCAAACACCAACAGCCCAACCAUCCAUCUCACACUUUCUAGCUAAUUUGGGAGCCCAGGUGCAACCUGAUAUUGCACAUCCAUGUUGUGAUAAAUUGACAGCUAUCAAAACAGGGUUUCCGGUGACCAGUAUCACCUGACCGUAUUGACCCAUCAAGGUUGUCAGUAUUUUUUUGAAGCUAUCUGCUGACAAGUUACUAUUGUUUUCAAAUGUUGGCAGGAUCAAGUUCAAAUUUUUUGAAAUGCGUUGUAUUAUUUUUAGCCACACUAAAAAUACCAAAAUUUUGAUUUCAACAGGGUGUGGCAGAUUGUUAGAUGCAUGUUUAUGAGUGGCUCCAACAAUAGAGAGGCAGCUGUAUUAAAGGACGUCAUUACCACAGGAACGAGAUGACAAGUCACUAGGUUGGUUUGUAAACCUUCAUUUGUAAUACUACUAGCAUAGCAAAAUAGAAUGUUACUAGUAAAUUGGGUGGCAUUUUGAUAAGGGACCUCUCCCAUUUAAAUUGGGCAUCUCUGAUCAUAAUAUGUAGUCACUUCUGUUAGGGUAUUAAGGUCUAUAAAUAUUAAAUUAUUGUCAGUGUCUGAAUGUUAUGUGUUUAUCCUUAUUGAAUGACAUUAUUAUUAUUAUUAUUAUUAUUAUUAUUAUUAUUAUUAUUGAUACAAAUAUAAGACAUAGUAGUAGCUCUGUUUUAUAAGUAUUGGUUCUUAAUUGAACUCAUAAAUAGAAUAUAUUAUACCGUGGAACCUCUUCUUUAAGACACCUCUCUUCAAGGGACACCUCCAUCCAGGGAACGCAAAAUUUGGCCCCGACAAAUAUUCACAUAAUCUUUUUAUCUGUUAGCUCUGUUGAAGGGACACCUCUAUUCAGGGGAAAGGGACACUUUUUCUUAGUCCUGAAUCCCAGGUUUUACCUCCAUUCAGGGGACACCUUAGUACUCAGAAUGUGACUGACCACAAAGAGGGUGGAUAAGUUAAAGUGUACCAUGAUCACAAUGAUUGCAGCUUUCACAACAUGAACAAUAAUAAUCUCACUUAAAUUAAAAUUGAUGUACUGCACUAAUUGUAGGAACAACAAUGCAACAAUUUCUCGGAGAAACGUUACAUGUGUAACUGCGUUGAUAACUGCAGCAGGUUCUAGAACUUAAAUAAAUCCUUUGUUGGUCAAUUUUUGGGACAUUCCCGACACUUUUCUCAGUUCUGAGGGUGUCCCCUGAACAGAGGUUCCACUGUAAGUAAUGUUUCAAUAAGCACCAACAACCAACGAAUGCAUUUUAGUGCUUUAAAAUUUCAAGAUUUUCUGGGGAAGCAUGUCCCAAGAAGAAGACCACCCUAGAAAAGAGGGACUUAUAGGCUCCUUGUUGAUACGGUUUUAUACAGUCUCUAUUUUAACCAGCUGGCUACUUGAGACCGCUGACUUUAUAUAGUUUUAUCCUGUUGCUCAUGUACAUUUGUGAUUUUUUUCUUCCAGGUCAGAUGCAGAUGCCACAAACAGACUGGAUCAAGUCUUAG